GCGCGGCCGCACGACUGGUCAGAAACUUCUAACUACCAUUACCGACUACAACUUACAGACAUGCCUCCAGCAGCAGUGCCCGACGAGGCGCCCAAGAGGAACCUUCGUGUAGCCAUAAUAGGGCAGAGCCAGUUCGCAGCUGAGGUGUUCAAGCUGCUGCAGAAGGAUGGUCACGAGGUGGUGGGAGUGUUCACAGUGCUGGACAAGGGGAACCGAGAGGAUCCACUGGCGACCAUCGCGGCUCAAAACGGAAAACCAGUUUUCAAAUACAAGACAUGGAGAGUCAAAGGGAAAGUGAUACCGGAAAUACUUGAAGAAUACAAAUCGGUCAACGCAGACAUCAACGUCCUUCCGUUCUGUACCCAGUUCAUACCCAUGGAGGUGAUCCUGCACCCCAAGUACGAGAGUAUCUGCUACCACCCUAGCAUCUUGCCCCGACACAGAGGAGCAUCGUCUAUUAACUGGACACUUAUUGAGGGCGACACAACUUGCGGUCUGACGAUAUUCUGGGCUGAUGACGGCCUGGACACCGGUCCUAUACUGCUGCAGAGGAGUUUCCCCUGCACCAGAGAUGACACGGUGGAUACGAUAUAUAACAAAUACUUGUAUCCAGAAGGUAUCAAGGCACUGGCAGAGGCAGUCAACAUGGUAGCCAGCGGUACUGCACCCAAAAUCACACAACCUGAAGAAGGGGCUUCCUAUGACCCCGCUCUCUUCAAACCCGAAACACACCUGAUCGAUUGGACUAAAGGCGGUGAAGCGUUACACAAUUUCAUAAGAGGUCUGGACUCUUCCCCUGGUGCCACCACAUUCAUAAAACCACAAACAAGAGAAGGAGUGGAUGAUAAGAGUGAAGCUAACGUAGAAAUAAAAUUCUUCGGAUCGUCAUUUUGGGAGGGAGAGUAUGAGAGCCAAGGAGAAUCAUUAGUCAUCCCAGGUCUUGAUAAGCCGGCGGUUUUGCACGAAGCAGGACUUCUUAUUACAGCCAAUGAUGGCAUCAAGCUGAAUAUCCAACGAUUAAAAGUAAACGGCAAAAUGAUAAACGCACAAAACUUUUUCAAAGCAAGUGAAAAGAAAGUAGCCCUAGAAAUGACUCCUGAUGAAAAGCAGUUCGUGGAAAGCGCUAGGGACAUAUGGAAAGCUAUUCUUAGAAUAGAUAUUGAUGAAGAUACUGACUUCUUUACUUCAGGCGCAGGAUCUAUGGAUGUAGUGAGACUAGUAGAAGAAAUCAAGGACUUAGCUAACUUAGAAUUACAAAACGAAGACAUUUACAUGAACACAACUUUCUUAGAAUUUUUCACAAUGGCCAUACUAAAAACUAGAGGCGGUUCAGGAAACGCUGAAGUAGAAUACGAUGGCAUACAGUUUGAAGCAAAUAAAAUGAAAAUAAAAUUUCCAACGCAACUGUUUAUAAAUGGUGAAUUCGUUAAUUCUGAUAGUGGGAAGAUGCUAACGAUAGUAAAUCCUACAGACGAGUCUGUGAUAUGUAAAGUACAAAGUGCAUCUCCCUCUGACGUAGACAAAGCUGUUAAAGCUGCGAAAAAGGCUUUCGAACAUGGGGAAUGGUCAAAGAUUAGCGCGAGGGAGAGGGGACAGAUGUUAUUCAAACUAGCAGAUUUAAUGGAGAAACACAAGGAAGAGCUGGCGACGAUAGAAUCUUUGGACUCCGGGGCGGUCUACACCCUAGCGUUGAAGACCCAUGUUGGCAUGUCUAUAGAUACGUGGAGGUACUUCGCUGGCUGGUGCGACAAGAUCCAGGGCGCCACGAUACCUAUCAACCAUGCUAGACCAAACAGAAACUUGACCCUAACGAAGAAAGAGCCGAUUGGCGUGUGCGCAUUGAUCACGCCAUGGAACUACCCCCUGAUGAUGCUGUCGUGGAAGAUGGCAGCUUGUUUGGCUGCUGGAAAUACAGUUGUGAUGAAGCCCGCUGCUGUAUGUCCUCUCACGGCGCUUAAGUUCGCCGAGCUCUGCGUGAAGGCUGGUAUUCCACCAGGUGUGGUGAAUAUCCUGCCGGGAGGUGGAGCGGUCUGCGGUCAAGCCCUCGCUGACCAUCCACUUGUCCGGAAACUUGGAUUUACGGGCAGUACUGAAAUAGGUCAAACCAUCAUGAAAUCGUGUGCGGUAUCAAACAUGAAAAAAGUAUCUCUGGAGCUGGGAGGAAAAUCUCCGCUAGUCAUAUUCGAAGACUGUGAUUUAGAUAAAGCUGUUAGAAACGGCAUGGCUUCAGUAUUCUUCAAUAAGGGUGAGAACUGCAUAGCAGCUGGUCGUCUGUUCGUAGAAGAGAGGAUACACGAUGAGUUCGUAAGAAGAGUAGUAGAGGAAACAAAGAAGAUUACGAUUGGUGAUCCCCUACACAGAGGCACAGCUCACGGACCUCAAAACCACAAGGCACAUAUGGACAAGCUUUUAGAGUAUUGCGAUCGAGGCGUCAAAGAGGGCGCGCGUCUCGUGUACGGCGGCAAGCGAGUGGCCAGGAAGGGGUAUUUCCUGGAGCCGACCAUCUUCACCGACGUCACCGACGACAUGUAUAUCGCCAAGGAGGAGUCUUUCGGACCAAUCAUGAUCAUCAGCAAGUUUAGCAGCAGGAACAUAGACGACGUGAUCCGCCGCGCCAACAACACAGAGUACGGUCUCGCCAGUGGCGUAUUCACGCGCGACGUGUCGAGGGCCCUGCAGUUCGCCGAGCGGAUAGACGCGGGCACGGUAUUCGUCAACACAUACAACAAGACCGAUGUCGCUGCGCCCUUCGGGGGCUUCAAACAGUCUGGAUUCGGAAAGGACUUAGGACAAGAGGCUCUCAAUGAAUACUUGAAGACGAAGUGCGUUACAAUAGAAUAUUAGAUUAGUAAUUUAGAACCUACUUAGCUGUAUGUAAAAAUUAAGUUAUUAAAAUGUAAAUAAGGAAUUCACCGAGAAAUGUAUAAAAAAUGUUUAAAA